CUGACAGCUGUUCAGAAUACACUUUUUCUUGCCCCGAAUUACACAUAUAAAAGACAAGUGUUAACCACGAAAUAAGCAAUGCAAAGUAAAAUUUCAAGAGAAAAAUGAAUUCGUUUUAUCUUACUUGUUUCAUCGUCGUGUUGGGGAUUUCCAUGGUAUCCUGUCAACAAGAAUGUGGCCGAAAAACAUGUAAAGAAAAUCAAUGCUGUGUUCAAAUGGGAAGGUUAAAUAUCUGCAGACCCUAUCAAAAGCUAAAUCGCUUGUGUGGAUUAAACCUUUUAUGUGACUGUGAACAAGGGCUUGAAUGCGUAAAUGAGGGAUUUUUUUCACGAUGCAAACGGCCAACAAGCACGACAGAAGGAACCACUGCUGAAACUACCGUUUCAACGGAAGAGACCACUGAAGUUCCACCUGAAGUGACCAGCGAAACCGUUUCAACUGAAGAAGUUACCACAACUACAGAAAUCUAAUGGAAGCCAUAUUUUAAAAUGUAAUAUUAUUUUAGUUCUUGAAUAAUAAAGCAUCUUCUUUCA